AUUGUUCCUGUUCUCUUUCUUAAGUCAUAUGAAAUACUGUCCCUGCUAGUUCUUUAAGUUCCCUGCAAUCUGUACACAAGAGAGAGAGAGAGAGAGAGGGACAGAGACAGAGAGAGCCAGGGACCAGGUAAAGCAGAGGGGCUGCUGCAGCCAUCCAGACCCAGGAGCUGGCAAAUUGCCAAGGAUGCAGAAGGAAAUGAUGAUCAAAGACGAGGAUGCGCAUUUCAACUUGGGUGUGAAGAGGACCCCGUCCUUUCCCCACUGCCUACAGCCAGUGGCCUCUCGCGGGAAGGCACCCCAGAGACUCCCCCUUCCCGAAGCCCUCCGGGGGCCGUUCUCCCAGUUUCGAUACGAACCCCCCGCAGGGAACCUGGACGGGUUCUCCGGGGUCUUCGAAGGAGGCGGGUCCCGCAAGCGCAAGAGCAUGCCCACCAAGAUGCCCUACAGCCAUGCCGCACAGGAAGCCCUGCUCGGCCUCCCCUCGGAGGAGAGCAAAGCCCGCGGGGCCGCGAGCCUCCCCCUGCUCUUCGCGCAGCCCCCGCGCCCCAAGUGUGACUCGCAGAUGAUCGACCUGUGUGACGUGGGCUUCCAGUUCUACCGCGCGCUCGAGCCGCUGGCCGGCAAGCCCGUCAAGCAGGAGCCGGUCAAGCAGGAGCCCCUCAAGCCCAGCGCCGUGUGGCCGCAGCCGGCGCCCCCGCCCUUCCUGCCCGCGCCCUACCCUUACUACCCCAAAGUGCACCCGGGCCUGGUGUUCCCGCUCUUCGUGCCCGCCACCUCGCCCUUCCCCUUCGGCCGGCACCCCUUCCUGCCCAGGCCGCCCGCCGAGGAGCCGCCGCCCCGGAAAGCGGAGCCCGUGGAGAGCGAGGAGGCCAAGCAGAAGGUGGAGCGGGUGGACGUGAACGUGCAGAUCGAUGACAGCUACUACGUGGACGUGGGCGGGGCGCAGAAGCGCUGGCAGUGCCCGACCUGCGAGAAGUCCUACACCUCCAAGUACAACCUGGUCACCCACAUCCUAGGCCACAGCGGCAUCAAGCCGCACGCGUGCAGCCGCUGCGGGAAGCUCUUCAAGCAGCUCAGCCACCUGCACACACACAUGCUGACGCACCAGGGCACGCGGCCCCACAAGUGCCAGGUGUGCCACAAGGCCUUCACCCAGACCAGCCACCUCAAGCGCCACAUGAUGCAGCACAGCGAGGUGAAGCCGCACAACUGCCGCGUGUGCGGCCGGGGCUUCGCCUACCCCAGCGAGCUCAAGGCGCACGAGGCCAAGCACGCGAGCGGGCGGGAGAACAUCUGCGUGGAGUGCGGCCUCGACUUCCCCACGCUGGCCCAGCUGAAGAGGCACCUCACCACGCACCGGGGCCCCAUCCAGUACAACUGCUCCGAGUGCGACAAGACCUUCCAGUACCCCAGCCAGCUGCAGAACCACAUGAUGAAGCACAAGGACAUCCGGCCCUACAUCUGCUCGGAGUGCGGCAUGGAGUUCGUGCAGCCGCACCACCUCAAGCAGCACUCGCUCACCCACAAGGGUGUGAAGGAGCACAAGUGCGGUAUUUGUGGGCGGGAGUUCACUCUGCUGGCCAACAUGAAGAGACACGUGCUGAUCCACACCAACAUUCGUGCCUACCAGUGUCACCUCUGCUACAAGAGCUUCGUGCAGAAACAGACCCUCAAGGCGCACAUGAUCGUCCACUCUGAUGUGAAGCCUUUCAAAUGCAAGCUGUGUGGGAAGGAAUUCAACCGGAUGCACAAUCUGAUGGGCCACAUGCACCUGCACUCGGACAGCAAACCCUUCAAGUGCCUCUACUGCCCCAGCAAGUUCACCCUGAAGGGGAACCUCACGCGCCACAUGAAGGUCAAGCACGGCGUGAUGGAACGGGGCCUUCAUGCUCAAGGUUUGGGAAGGGGCAGAAUGGCCCUGGCGCAGACCACGGGGGUCCUGAGGAGCCGGGAGCAGGAGGAGCCUUUCGACCUCUCGCAGAAGCGCGCAGCAAAGGGGCCGGUGUUCCAGUCGGAUGGGGAGAGCGCCCGGGGCAGCCCCUGCCAUGAGGAGGAGGAAGAGGAGGAGGAGGCAGAGGAGGAGGAGGAGGAAGAGGAGGAGAGCUGUUGCGAAGUGGAGCCCUACAGCCCUGGCCUAGCCCCCCAGAGCGAGCAGCUCUGUGCGCCCCAAGAUCUGUCCACCAAGCCUGAGCAGACCCUCCAGGGGCGGGGGGCAGCAGGCAAAGAGGAGGAGAAGGAGUGGGGAAAGGAGGAGGAUGUGACGGAAGAAGAGCGAGAGGAGAAGAGCAAAGACCCCCUCGGGGAAGGCCGCCGGCAGGGACAGGAGAGCGAGGGGGCCGGCAGGGAGGAGCGCCUCAGCCUUAGGGUUCUUCAGAGCACCCGGCGGGGCCCCUCUUUUUCUGAUUACUUAUACUUCAAGCACAGAGAUGAGAGUUUAAAAGAAAUACUGGAGAGGAAAAUGGAAAAACAAGCAGUGCUUUUGGGUAUCUAAGUGGACAGUUUUAAAAUUACAUUUGGAAGGAGAGAGCUAGGCAGUGCAAAUAUAGCUUUCUGCAUGAACUGCUAUUCGCUGGGGACAGGCAGGGGCGCCAAGCUUUAUAAGUGACUCCGACUAAAUGGGCAGGGUCCUAGGUAAUCGGAUGCUUUUCAGGCGUUCCUUGGGCCUUUCAGACUUAAAAAACACACACACAGGAUUCAGUGUUACUUCAUGCGUCUUCCAUGUAAUACACUGUGCAUUUUCUUCCAGAUGUCUAAUCCUACCUGACCCUGAGGUGCUUUUAGAAAUUCUUUUUUCCUUUCAUAAUAUACAAUACAUGGUAAAUCUCUUUCUAGUUGUAAAAUGAUGGUGCUUGAUAUGUUACCUUAUUAAUAACUAGUUAGCUGAAUUCAUGAAAGUUAUAUUUUUCCAGUUAAAUGAAGAUAUUACUAGUGGUAUAUCUAAAAAUAGCUUUUAUUGCAUAAGCAAAAAUACGGGAAAUGACACAGAAGGGUGAGCUAUUGGAAAGGAUAUUCCAAGUAGCUGCUGCAGAUGUAAACUAAAAUCUAAGAAGGGGAUGGACAGUUUUCACUAAGGGGAAAUCCCAACACUUAGAUUCCUACAUGAACCUCUCUCUUCUGCGUCAGCUCCCUUCACUAGUGGGGCAUUUGGAGCAGAUUUGCAGAUGACUGGACAGUGCCCUGGCUCCUCAGACUGAUGUCCUGUGUCCUAAGCAGAGUUCCCUCCUGUGGCCCAUUGCUGCCUUCCUCUGAGGCCUCAUACCCCAGACAGCAGCUGCACAGAGAGCUGUCGCUGGUGAAGCUGGAGCUCAGAGGUGAGGGGCGGAAUUCUUCCUGAAACAAACUCUGACUUAUUUGGGGUGUUAGAAUAAUCACCAGCCAAUCACUAUGCCAAAAACUUAGGCGAUGUUCUCCGUGCUGGCUACACAUUAGCAUCUUCUGGAAGAGCCUUUCCCAAACUACCAAUGCCCAGGCCUCACCCCAAGAUUCUGACUUAGUGGUCUAGAAGGAGCCCCUGCUCUGGUGGUUUCCAAAUUGCUCCCUGUGUUAUGUGCAACCAGGAUUGAGAAAGAUUCACUGAGCUCAAAAUGUAGCCACCCAUUUUUUUAAUCUCUUGGACCCCUUCUCAGGGACUCCAGAAAUACUUCUGCUCCUGGCUUCAGAGUGACUCUGAGGCCUGAGGCAGAGGACAGGAGACCAGCAGUGAUUGUAUCGACUCACCCUGUACACCUAUUCUGUACGAGCCCCACGAGGGGGCAUACCUCCCCCAUAGACACACACUUUGUGUACUAGAACACAGCACCUGUGAUGUUCAUGCCUACUCCAUAUGCUGCGUGAUGCAUAACUGGCCCUAUGAGGACUCACCCUUCCUGCCCAGCUGCUGGAGCCGUGAUUGGGUUGGGCCCUGCAGAUGGCCUUACUUGGGCACUGGCACUGAAUAAAGCGAUAUGAAUGGGGCUGCGUAUGUGGGACGAUGACAGCUGACAGGACUGUGUUUGCAUUUAUAUAAAUCCUGCCUCUUGGUGAGGGUUUCAGAGCAAGGGACUGCUGAGCACUCUGCUUUUCCUCCUCCCACACUUCCCAGGACAUUUCUUUGGAAGACCUGGCCGUUUCCGUUGGCUGGAGGCUGGCUGUUUCUCUCAACCUCGGAGCAGGUGCCUCCCCGUCCGCCCCUUCUCAUCCCCAUCAUUCACUGGUGUGCUUUGGCAGUCCCUGACUAUUUCUCCUGCCACCGUCCUAAAAUCCUUUCUUUCAGCAUCAGUGCCACCAUGAAGUUCUACAGCUGCUUGGACUUCCUACUGGCACCUGAGGUCAAAGCACCUGCAGAGGGGAUGGUGGAAAGAAUAGUGUGGGUUUCUGCCAUUGUUCAACUCUGGGCCAAGAGCUGUUCCAAGUCCUCAGCGGGCCAGCUUCCACUCAGGGUGACUACAGCUCAUGGGUGCCUUUGACGACAUUGCCCAGGAAGCUGGCAGCGUGGUUUGUGAGGAGGCCACCAGCUCUUAGGGCCCCAUUGUAGGUGUAUUCAUUCAGCAUCUGCAUAUUGAGGACCUACUACGAGCUGUGCCUGGCCACAUAUGCUGCAGACUUUCAGUUGCUUCUGACUGGAACAGGAGCCAGGAAAACAGAGAGCGGGGGAGGACUCUAGCCCUUUCAACCAAAACAAAUCCUACAGGAGUGUUUGAGGGACCAGUUAAUGUUGAGUUGGAGAGAGCGAGGUCCAAAAUGGUGGUUUUUGAGUUGUGUUUUGAGGGGCAGAGGUCCCUGUUAGGCCGCUGCAGAGCUGCUGGGAGGGGCUCACUUCUCUUGCCCACCCCACUCAAAGUGCUCAUUUUGUCUGUUUUGUGUGUUAGCAUUCUCAGUAGAUUUUCAUUUGGAGAGAAAAAAGAGGUCUAGGGAAAGUAAACAAAAUUUUAUUGUGGGGUGUGCUCCAAGGCCUGGAUUUGGUUUUUAACUCAGGGAUAUAAGAGACUUGAUGAGCUCUAACCUGAGGGCUGAGUUAGCACUGACCUUCUGGGAACGAAGGAUAAAACCAUGGUGGUUGGUCUGGGACAACUCUUGUUUAGACCCAUGGUCUCAGGGUAAUUAAUAAUAGUGUGCCCUUCACUCCCCGAAGGAUUCCAGUUUUGAGUACUAAGUUAUGUAAACACCCUGUGUGUGAGGGCAGAGCUAAGUGAAGGGCCACCAGCCUUGCCUGAGAAGCUGAUUAUCCAGAAUGGAAGUCUACAGGAGGACCUAUUGGGGCCAUCACCAGAGAACAGAGGAACAAAGUCAUCCAAGGUUACCCACAUCCAAGGUCAUCAUCUUCAUGUCGCUGUGACACUCUGGAGAAAGGUCAGGACCAAACACUUUCCAGGUUCUGACCACUGUCACUUAGAACCAACCAACACACACACCAAGUGGCACGUUUUUCUUCUACCUUUUAUAUUUAGGCCUACAAUUAGCGCUCUUGUUGCCUUUCAAGUCUUCUUUCAUUCUCUCUUUUUAAAAAUUUGACUUCCCACUGGCCAUGAGACUGAAGCUAACCUUUCGUAAACCCAAAGAGUAACUGGUAUCUUGGUAUAUGAUUAACCGCAUGAGAAAGCCCCGUGUGCAUACUGUAUUUAUUAAGCCUUGGAGGCAUUUCAUAAAAUACUAACAUUGUGUUUUGAAUUAUGAUCAUUGUCUGCUUUGCUGGAACAAAAUGUAAUAGCGUUAACAUUUAAAAUCUUUUGCAUAUUUUGGACAACAUUACACCAAAUGUUGAUUUUUGUACAGAAUCCUGGCUUGCUAUUUAAAAACUAAAACUCCAAGUGUAUAGCAAACCAAGUUGUGAAUAUUACUUUGUGCUUCAAUGAAAAGGCAGUUUGCCUGAAAGUAGCACGUUGUAACCUGUAUUUUGUUAAUUUAAGCAAAUAAAGACAUGUUGAAAAA